AUUACCCCAGUGAAGAAAGAGACGCGUCUAAAGGAGGAAAGACUACAAGAAGCCAAUGUUACAGACUGACUGCAGUGUGUUUGCUGGUGCUGUGUGUUCUUCUGAUGACUGCAAUCACAAUUCAGUGGAUCAAAUUCAACACACUUGAUGCUGAAGGCCACCAGUUAGAGGAACAGGAGUUCCUCAGUAAAUUGCGGUGCAGCAGAAAAGCCUGGAUUGGUCUAAAUGACAGAGAAUCUGAGGGAGUGUGGAAGUGGCCGGAUGAUACACCACUGACCACUGGGUACUGGGGACAUGGUGAACCUAACGAUAAAGAUGAGCACUGUGUUAUCACAGGUGAAAAGUCUGAUUCUCUCUGGACCUGGGCUGAUUAUCCCUGUCAUCAUGAGUUUAUUUGGAUCUGUGAGAAGACAAUCUUUAUCUAACAAAAAGCAUUCAACUGAAUUUACAUUGUUACAUUAUUGUGUCUGAAAAAUCCUCAGCAUCAUAAUUUUGCCUGUUUUUCUAGCAGCGACAUGGAAGCAUGAAUUAAAUGAAAUUCCCAAUUAAAUGAAACGAGGAAUUGAA